CUCUUUUGACCCUGCUUGGUGAGUGAAGCUGACAACCCCGAUGUCGUCCGUGUGGAUUGCGGGGCUGCCUGCAGUGGCGGCAUAUCAAAUGCACGUCACUGGAGAGACGACCUGCCCGUGCUUGGAUGCUGCGGAAGCCUUGGGGGAGCACCUGGUGAAUACGCAGACCCAUGAAAGGCCGCUGCGGCUUUUUGGUGAUGACAGGUUCAACCGAGGGUCCAAGGUUGACUGCCUCAUGGUCUCGCAUGUGGAUCCAUUGUUGCAUCCUGGAGGGAACUACUGCUACCCGACGGACUAUGGCCAGCAACGAUGCGAGGUCUGGGAUCAGAGGCUUGAGGUGGUUUGCGCCCAAGGACCUGAUGAGCUGCCGGAGCGAUGCAAGGGUCUCUUUAUGGCCCGGAAGGAGAACGCUUGCCACGAGCUUUUUCACCCGAAGGCCUUGGCGCUGCCGUGGUGUCAUCAGUCCUGGUGCUAUGUGGAUCCAGACAACUGUGACUUGGAAAAGUCCAAGUCCUUCUUCUUUCCUGGCGCCGAGCUCUGGUACUCGUAUGAGACGUGCGCAUCAAGGAACUUCUUUGAAAUUUGGAAGCUGGUCCAGCUAGAGAUGUGUAGCCGCUUUUCCGUGGUAGAGAAGCCGUACGUGAUUAUGUGGCUCUCAUGUUGGACCUGUGCCUUCUUGCAACAGGUCAUCGACACAACUCGAAAGCUGGAGGAUCAGCAAGAUCGUCUAGGCAAGUGGCAACGAGCGUACUUGGCGCUGCAGCUUCUGGUUCUUGUGACGGAGACCUACGCCAACAUGCAGCGAAUCCCGUGGAGCGGCGACUUCUGGAGCAGUUACAACCUCUAUGUCUAUGUCUUCAUCAACUCUGCAGUCUUUGUGCGUGCUACGAUGAUGUCUCAAGUGGUGUGGGACUGGUAUGAGGUGCGUCUCUUGAAGAUGCCGGUCUUGCCCUACCAGAUGGAUGGCAAGGGCUGGACGGACGAGAUGAGAGCCGGCUUGCUGGUCUGCAUUUUCCAAUUCUUAUCCUCUCUGGGAGUCUUCUUCGUGAUCUCAGUGACACACUUGUUACCAGCGCUAAUUCUUUAUCCCUGGAUCUUUUGGGCAGUGGCUGCUGGAUUGGUGAAGUCCCGGGUCUGGAUCUCCAGCCUCAACUUUGAUCCUGAGAGCCGCUUUGGUCGUGCGUUGGUCGUGGGCACCAACUCUUUCCUCUCCGUUAUGGGUAUCCAGGUGCUGGUCACGUGCAUGGUACGAACUUACGCCUCUUGUAUUCAGGAAGGGUGGGAGCCGACCUGUGCCGGCCAGUGAGCAGAUCCUGAAAAUCUGGAAAAUAGUGGGAUCCUGAUGGACAAAGCACGCAGGAAUAGCCAACUGUUGCCAGCGACUUGAGCCGCCUGCCACUCCUUUUGACUCUUUGACUAGGACUAGAAUUGCUAUGGUUACACUGUUACACCUUACAAUAUUGGCCUCGAUCGAAGUACUUCUACAGAUUGGUUCAUGCCUCAUCUCCUUCUUUGCAACAAGCAUCUACUCAGUAUACCACAAC